AAGGAGAGGAGUCAAACUAAACGUGCCUCCCGUAAGGGCUCGUAUUCCGGUCAGAGCGCACCAGGCGACCAAGUCUGCCACGCUUCUAACACGAGUCGACGCGCACCAGGAUGUCGGGCCGACUGACAGCGGCGGGCGUCAAGGGAUGCCUGAAGACGAACGUGCUGACGCUGCUGACGCUGGGCGGCGUGUUCGCCGGCGUCAUCCUAGGCGUGGCGCUGCGGCCUCCCGGCUCGCAGAAGUGGUCGCAGCGCGACGCCAUGUACGUCGGCUUCCUGGGCGAGCUGUUUCUGCGCAUGCUGAAGGCACUCAUCUUGCCGCUGAUUGUGUCCAGCCUGAUCUCAGCCGUCGGCAACCUGGACCUCAGCCUGUCGGGCCGGAUCGGCGCGCGCGCCAUCGGCUACUACAUGGUGACCACGGUGAUGGCCGUCAUCCUGGGCAUCAUCCUGGUGGUGGCCAUCCACCCGGGCCAGGGCAACGACAAAGGCAUCCAGACGGUCGACUUCGGCCGUAACACCACCACCGCCGACACGCUGAUGGAUCUGGUCAG